CCGGCUAGUUGCGGGGCCGCCCGGAUGGCGGGCGGCGCGGGCUGGGCGGGCGCCCCCGCCGCUCUGCUGCGCUCGGUGCGCCGCCUGCGCCAGGUGUUCGAGGUGUGCGGCCGCGACCCCGACGGCUUCCUGCGCGUGGAUCGCGUCGCGGCGCUCGGCCUGCGUUUCGGGCAGGGCGAGGAGGUGGAAAAACUUGUGAAAUAUUUGGAUCCCAAUGAUCUGGGAAGAAUCAAUUUCAAGGACUUUUGCCGGGGGGUGUUCGCCAUGAAAGGGUGCGAGGCGCUGCUGAAGGACGUGCUGUCCGUGGAGAGCGCGGGGACGCUGCCCUGCGCACCGGAGAUCCCAGAAGUGGAGCAGGGCAGCAAGGUGCCAGGUUCCACCUUUGCUGAUGGUGAGCUCCUCCCCAGGGAGCCUGGCUUCUUUCCUGAGGAUGAGGAGGAGGCGAUGACGUUGGCCCCGCCCGAGGGCCCCCCAGAGUCAGACAUGGACAGCCCCAUGGAGAGCACCCAGAGCCUGGAUGGGUCAGUCGGGAGUCCCACUGAGGAGAAGGACGGGGGCCUCAGGGGCCUGUUCCUGCCAGAGGACAAGUCCCUGGUCCACACUCCAUCCAUGACGACAUCAGACCUGUCCACACACUCCACCACCUCGCUCAUCAGCAACGAGGAGCAGUUUGAAGACUACGGGGAGGGGGAUGACGUGGACUGUGCCCCCAGCAGCCCCUGCCCCGACGAUGAGACCAGGACCAACGUCUACUCGGACCUGGGGUCUUCGGUGUCUUCCAGUGCGGGGCAGACACCUAGGAAGAUGCGACAUACGUACAACAGUGAAUUGCUGGAUGUUUACUGCUCUCAGUGCUGCAAGAAAAUCAACCUGCUGAAUGACUUGGAAGCCCGAUUGAAAAACCUGAAGGCCAACAGCCCCAACCGAAAGAUCUCAAGCACAGCCUUCGGACGGCAGCUUCUGCACAGCAGCAACUUCAGCAGCAGUAAUGGCAGCACAGAGGACCUAUUCCGGGACAGCAUUGACUCCUGUGACAAUGACAUCACGGAGAAGGUCAGCUUCCUAGAAAAAAAGGUGACAGAACUGGAGAAUGACAGCCUGACAAAUGGGGACCUGAAGAGCAAGCUGAAGCAGGAGAACACCCAGCUGGUCCACAGGGUGCACGAGCUGGAGGAGAUGGUGAAGGAUCAGGAGACCACGGCCGAGCAGGCCCUGGAGGAGGAGGCCCGGCGCCACCGUGAGACCUACGGCAAGCUGGAGAGGGAGAAGAGCACCGAGAUCGAGCUGCUGCACACGAGGGUACAGCAAUUAGAGGAAGAAAAUACGGAGCUUAGAACAACAGUGACUCGGCUCAAGUCGCAGACAGAGAAACUGGAUGAGGAGCGGCAGCGCAUGUCCGACCGGCUGGAGGACACCAGCCUGCGUCUCAAGGACGAGAUGGAUCUGUACAAGCGCAUGAUGGACAAGCUGCGGCAGAACCGCCUUGAGUUCCAAAAGGAGCGGGAGGCGACACAGGAGCUCAUCGAGGACUUGAGGAAAGAGCUGGAGCACCUGCAGAUGUACAAGCUGGACUGUGAGCGGCCAGGCAGGGGCCGUGGCUCAUCCUCUGGCCUGGGCGAGUUCAAUGCCAGGGCCCGUGAGGUGGAGCUGGAGCAUGAGGUCAAGCGGCUCAAGCAGGAGAAUCAUAAGCUGCGGGAUCAGAACGACGACCUGAAUGGACAGAUCUUGAGCCUCAGCCUCUACGAAGCAAAGAAUCUCUUUGCCACCCAGACCAAAGCUCAGUCUCUGGCUGCGGAAAUAGACACAGCCUCGCGCGAUGAGCUCAUGGAGGCCCUCAAGGAGCAGGAGGAGAUCAACUUCCGUCUGCGGCAGUACAUGGACAAGAUCAUUCUCGCCAUCCUGGACCACAACCCCUCCAUCCUGGAGAUCAAACACUGAGACGAGGGGGCUGGCUGCAGAGCAGCCUCAGGACCCUGGGACCAAGGGGCAGACUCUGCCUGAGGAUGCAGCCCCGGCCGGGCCGCACGCGCAUACUGUAAAUGUACCUCUGGCCGCCAUGUAAUGACUGAUGUGGACGUGGGGAGGCCGUGCACACAGCACGGGGUGAGCGUGGGGCCAUGGCUGGGUGACAUCUGCGCGGUGAGCUGUCCAUGCACUUUGUGGCCCCUUCACUGGGGGCAGAGGGUCCUGGAGGUGGGAGCAGACAGGGUCUGCUAUCAGAAGUUACUGUAAUAACAAGAACUGGAAGUUUGUGUUUCAGAUACUGGAUAAAAUGAUUCUACCUCUGGGGAUGAGGAUUAAGAAAUAGUCUAGGGAGACAGGCUCUUUCACCCCACUCCAUUCCACCCAGGACUGGGAGCAAAAUUAUGAUCUUUUCCAGGAGUUAGAAUGCCCAACAGCUGUGUCCUUGCCAACCUGUUUGGCCAACUUUUCAAGCCUAGGUGCUCUAGCAGAGAGAGGAGGAAGGGGCCCUCAGCAGCCCCCUCCCCAGCUGGCAGCCCCUGUGAUGCUUGUGCACAGUGUGUCCCAAGGACUUGGGCUUGCUGAGGAGCUAGCGCGGGGCGACCUUCCUUCUGCGAGUUCCCCGUAUGCUUUCCCAUCCCUGCUUACCUACCUCUCCCAUUCUGUUUUUAUUUUCUUUUUAAGACAAUGAAAAAAUGAGCAGCACUGACUUGGGUGUGAAAGGAAGGAGAAGGGAAGGGGACUGGGGGACGUGGUGGGGUCAAAGGCACAUGUUGGCAUCGGGCAGCCAAAGGCAGGACGUUCAGGGAGUAGCACGCUCGCAUCCACAUCCGUUUCCUUCCCUUGGCUACACUGGCAAAGAGAAGCGAGGAUGGACUGCCUCACAGCUUCUGCAGGCUGGAAUGGGCCUUGCUCACCAGUCCCGGUUCUCCCCACGGCCCGGUGACGGCAGGCCUCGGGUUUAGCUGUUCAGACCCGGAGCUCUGGGCUCGGCUCCACUUGGCUGGGUAGCGAGGCCCCCUGCUUUCCAACUUUUAGAAACACACCUGUGUUCGUUUCUCAGCCAGGAGGAGCAAAUGCUGUGCCGGUGGGAGAUACAGUUGGGGAUGUUACAGAGAAACCUUCGUCUUCCGUCCUCGUGACACACAUGGGAAUUCGCACUCUGGAUUUUUAAUACCAUCUUUUGUUCCAGGCGGCCGGGAGUAGAUGUGGUACUUUGAGUUGUCCAGUAUGUCUCAGUUUAUAUGGCUUGUGAUUCGUUUCCUUAAUCCAAAUAUAUAUAAACAUGUCCAGUCUUUAUUUUUCCCCCCUGCAGUUUGUCUUCUUCAGUAACUCUAGUGUAAAAGGGAAAGCGUGGGCAUGUUGGGGAAGGCAUGGAGGGGUGUACACAGAGAAAAGACGGGGUAAAGGGUGAAGAGGAGGGAUCUGGGAACUGGAGCGUGUUCCCUGUUGACAGAGGCAGGGCUGGGCCAGGACCAACCUUCAUUCCAUUCCAGUCAUCUUUUGCUUUUGUUGAAUUUCGUGAUUUCUUUUUUCCUUUUCUUUAAGCGUAUGUAUGGGAUUUGUUUCAUGCUGCACAUAAUGAGGCUGCAUUGGUCUGAUCCAGAACUUUGAGGUUACCCACACCAAGACAAAGGUGUCUUCUGGGAGUCUCUCAACCCCUUAGGACACUGGUCUCCUUGGGCUCCCCUGAGGAUCUGAGAAGUGGCAAUGGAAACAAGGCUUAAGGAGUAGGUCUCUUGAGAAUUUGCUAAUAAGAAGGAGUGGCCACGAAUUAAAGGAAAGAAGAGGGAUCUUGGCAUGGCUUUGGUCUGGAUUUUACAUGGAAAGGAGCCCUGCGGAGAGGCCAGCCAGAUCACAGUCGUGGUCUGUUGGGGGCUUGCAUUUUAUAUGUUACACUUUAUAUGCUCUUUAGCUGCAUAGAUGUGGGAUUCCAGAGAAGGCCUGAGUUACAUACAUAGGGUCACGCCACGGGAAGGAAUUUCUGCCAUGUGGAUGUAAAGCGGGUGGAAAAAGCUGUCCUCUUGCAGCGUUCUGCCGCCUCCUCCCUGAAGGGGGCGCCACAGGAACGACACCCGGAGGAAGCACUGAGUCUGAAAGGCCCCUCUGGACCUGGGGCCUCUGCUCGGGGUCUCUGGAAGAGAGCUAACUUUCAAGUGAGACUGCAUUGCAUGUAACACACACCUCAAAUUAAAUUCAACCUUCUGACUCCUUCAGUCAGAAUACAUCGUAUAAAACCUAGUCUGUCAAACUGACUUUAAGAUCAUGUACCUUUUUAAAAGUGCUCUACUGUUCUUGAAAGCUAGCCUGAAAAGAGCAGCUGCCUCAGGGUCCCAGCCUUCCCGCCCCUGGGCAGGUAGGUUCCAGAGCUGUAUUAACAACGGAUAAUGGGUAGAGGUGGGGCAGACCCUGCCCUCUUCCUGUGUUUUCUCCUCUGUUUGUUUUCCGGUGGAGAGUUCUGCUCUUAUCUCUGAGUACUGGGACUGCUAAAUAGUAUACAGGAUGCCCGGUUAAAUUUGAAUUUCAGGUAAACAACAAAUAAAUUUUAGUAGAAGUAUGUUCGGUGCAAAACUUGAGACAUAUUUAAAACGGUUCUGAUUUCAUUAGUGUAGGUGUGGCCCAGACAUUGGAAUGUUUAAAGAAUUCCCCAGGUGAUCGUAAUUUAACUGGGUGUUCUGUGUGCAUUUUGUUUUUGUUUUUUGCUAAACCUGGCAACUCUACCAAAUAGGGAUUAGCAGUAGCUUGUCAGAAGUUUAGAGGUGUUUGAGGGGUGGAGGGUGGGAAGGGGGUUCUGCAGCAGACUCACGCUUUACAUGGCACUGGGCUGUCCUUGGCAUUCAGUUGGAAGCCAAACAAAAUUUGUUGAACCAGCCAGUGAGUUUUAUAUACGGUAUCUAAUAGAAAAAGAAGCACUUUCUGGUUUAGCUAGGCCUUAGUCUGUGGGAAGGUAUAAAAAUAAAGUUCUAGUGAAAAAACUUUUUUUAACUUUGUAUUGGCCAUAAUUCAACAACUUAUUUUAUUUUAAACGUGUAGAUUCUUUGCGAAUUGUAAGAGGGAAAUUCCUUUCGCUUGACUUUAUUUCUGACCUGUUAAAAACAACAGAGCUCGAGAACCUUCCAAAGCACUUGGACCUGAAACAGUGGUUCUCAGCUCUGGCUGUGCCUGGAAAUCACCUGGGGAGAUUUAAAAACUGCUGACUGGGCUGUCACACCCCUCUCCCCGCAUUGAGAUUUAAUUAGUGUGGUGUGGCCCAGGCUUCUAGAUGUUUCCAGAGCUCCCUGGGUGAUGCUAAUUUGCAGCCCAAGUUUGAGCCUUCUCCCCUCCCACCCCACUCCCCGUCCUAGAAGGUUGCCGGCCAGAGUUAGUGAAAACGGGUGGAAACGGUUGUUGGGCUUAUUAAUCCAGGUGCUGGAUAACAGCAAGUUCUGCUAGGAUGUCUUUUCCUGUUAUGAUGCUGGAUGGUAAGAAGUUGGCAGAUCCUUCACCCCCAUGAGCGGAUGGAUCCAACUGUUGUCACCAGCCUCGAGGUUAGCAAACGAGUGGGCAGGUCUGCCUUGUGCCCGUGGAGUCCGUGGCUGGCACGUGUUGGGAUAUAUCAGCCAAGGGCCUAUUCCAAAGUUAGGGAUGUUAUAGAACAGAAAGAGUUCGUCCAGAGCUGGCACUAGCAGAGCCAAACACUAAACACCGAGAAAUGCAGUGGUGAAAUAGUGACUAUUUUAUUCGUGAAUGGCGCUAUCCAGGAGUACGGGAAGCUAAUGCUCAAAAGCCCUAUGGCGUGUAAGUUAGAGAUUCUAUAGGGCAAAAAUCACAAGACAUUGUGGGUUAGGGGUUCAGGGUCAUGAUAGGAGCUGAUUGAUCGGAGGUGAGGUAAGGGUAAUCAUUUUUUUCAGGUCUUAAGGACAGCUCUGAGGUCUGUCCCUGUGUCCCUCUGUCCAUCUCAUGGGAAAGUAGCCAGGGGGUCAUUCCACCUUAAGGCUCAGAAAUUGAAACUUAACUUAGGUCAAGAUGUUAUCUUUAGCCUGCCAGAGGGCCAGAACAUGUGACCAUUAGUCAGGUCCGGGCUACUGUCUUCUGCCUUGGGGGUUGCUAGUUACCAGGUGAAAGGCUAGAUCUCUGGGGGCAUGAGGGGUAGGUUGGGGGGGUGAUUUCUAGAGCUAGGAUUUAAAAGUAAAUUUAGUCGAAGUCAUAAGGACCCUCGGUUUCAGGGGUAGGGCGCUGACAAGUAAGGCUGGCCCCCUGAAAUCAGCCUAAUAAACAGCAGUCACCUACUCACACAGCUGAGCAGGAGGGGACACUGGUUUUUGGGAUUUGCCUCUGAUCUGUUGUUUGGGCGAGUCUGAUUCCUGGCCCAGCCCGGUCCCGGUGGUCAGGAGGGCACAGUGGAAGCUCUUCUAUUCCAGAGACGGACUAGGAACUGGCAAAGGCCUACGGGGCAAGUGGGGCCUAUGGAUUGGGGAGAAACGACCCCUCUUUUUGUGCUCUGUUGGGUAUGUGUGUUUAAUGCAUUAGCAAAUUUAAACCUAAAAGCUAACUUUAGAUGUGACUGACUGGGAAGGUUUGGGAUGGCACCAUGCCCAGGAAACCAUGCCCAACUUUGUUGUCCUGGCAGAUCGAUAGCAACCGUUUUAAAGGGCUGAGGUAGGUUUUAGAUGGAGAAGAAGGGCCAUUCAGGGCUGGCAUCCUCCCAGCACUUCCUCCUUUGGGACUAGGGCAGCCCCUCUAGGGUGAUGCUUCGGGCACGUGAGACUGAGGCUUGUCUGUUGAGAGGCCUGAAGUUAGAGGGGCCAUGUGACUUGGAGCAAGUCCCUUCCCUCCGCUGACCUUGGAGACCUCCAGGUCCUGCCUUCCUGCUCUGUCUGAGUGUGUGCAUGGAAGGGCAGGGAAGAGGAUUGGCCAGGGUCACGGGCUUCCCUACCUGCAUCAGGACCACUCUGAGGCCCUUCCGCCACACUCCACUGUCUACCUGGGAAAAUAGACCGCUUUCUAGAAAGGCUUGUAGUGUAGACCCUGGCAAGACGUGAUGCCACAUGACGUUGGCACUCCGACUCGGUGCUUCUCUUUCCCUUGUGACUAAUGCAGGGAGCCACCGGGAAGGGCUGACUGGCAAUGGCAUCCCAGGGCCACCCCUGCCGAAUCUAAGUGCUGUUGUCCUGGGAGACCGUUCCUCCUGCAGGGACCCCCUGCUCUGCUCUGCUGCACAGGCUGUGUUUUGUCCGCAUGGUUUGGGGUCGUUGUCCGCGUGCCUUCUUCUUCCCUGUCGCCACUGUACAGGAUUUUCCAUGUUACCACUGCCCCCUUUUCUACAUCGUCUCGUUUAAUUAACCCGGCCCUUCCUGAGGCCUGUAAAUGUGUACAUAGUGUCCUACUUUGUGUCCACGUGCCUCUGCCAUGUACGAUCUGCUCCCGGCCAGAUCUCCCGGCACACUUACCCACAAGGCUCAGUUUCCGCUGCCCCUUCGCUCACUCAGCCGUGCAGACAUGGUCACUUUGUGCGACAUUAUUCAUUAUGGUCCUAAGCUUGGGGAGGCUCAGACCCACUUAAUCCCUUGUGCAGCCUGCCGCUAGUUUGGAAGCCUUGCACACCAGAAAAGGGUGACAUUGUGUAAAGCAAUUUCUCCCACAAACCUCUUCCUGUGCUGAUGUGAGUAUGUGUAGAAAGCAGAGAGCGCACCUUUCUAAUCUGGGGCAUCAGCCCGGCAGGGAUGUCAUGGGUCUCCAACAGCUCCGUGGGCCCCUCGGAGGCUGCACCCCUGGCCCCAGAGGAAGCUGCAGCUGUGUGGCUCUCAGCACUUGGCAUUGGCUUGGGUUCAGGGCUACCGCCAUCUGGUGUCCAGAACAGCUUUGGACAAGUGGGCAGAAGGAAGAGGCUUCUUGCUGCCGCCCCUGCCUGCCAUUAACCACUGCCGAGCUCUUCCUCAUCUGCCGAAGGUGCUCAGACCCGGGUGCCGUUAAAUACCUGACUAACGUCAGGAUUGCCAUCAGACUGCGUUGCUGAAGACUCGCUCGCAGCCCUCUGGCUCCCUUGGUCCCAGUUCCUCCUGCUUUCUUGGCUGGGUAAGGGUUGGUGAGGUGGCUUUGACUCCCCGUGGGGUUCCACUUGAGCCUUUUGCCCCAGGAGCCUCCAUCUGGAAGCGGGCUUAGCUUUAGGGCUUCGGUGAGAUCUCCACCUCCAGGCCCCAAAGUGGGGAGAGAGGGGUGAGGCCCCAAGGCUGUGUCCCAGGGUCCUGAGCUCUCUGCCACCAGCCUGCUUCUAGCCAAAAAGGAGCAGGCGCUCAGAGGCAGGCUCCUUCGAGAACUCUAAUGUACAGAACAAGGUGUAAAUAAAUGGUUUGCUUUCCUUGCCUGA